AUGUCCGCAGCAAUCCUGGCUCUCUUCGAGCCUCACCUCACCGAGCGCCAGAAGCUUGAGCUCACCACGAUGGACGAGAUCUGGUACUUUACUCUGGACGACGGCGAGGAGGAAACGUCGCGAGGCGGCAUCAGGAACCACGGCUACGAUGACCAAGAGAACAAUUACAUUCCUGUCAAGCACGAGCACUUCAACUACCGAUUUCAGCUGGACAGGAAGAUCGGGCAGGGCGGGCAGGGCGUGGUCGUGCGGUGUCUGGACCACAAGACGCAGACUCUGGUGGCGGUCAAGAUCCUCGCCUCUCCCACCCACUUCAAGGACGAAGCGUACCAGAUGAUGGAGCUGCGGAUGUCCAUGGAGCUCCAGACGGUCCGUAGUGACGUGGACUACAACGUAGCCAACGUCAUGGAUAUUUUUUACUUCCGGGGACACAAAUGCAUCGUAAUGGAGCUGUUGAAGAAGAGCCUCCAUCAGGUGCUCAUAGAUAUGGGGCAGUGGCGCAUCGACGAGGACGAUUUGAGGUCGUACGCCAGGGGCAUCGUCCGCUUCCUCGACUACACCAAGUACCGGGGCAUCGUCCACGGGGACAUCAAGCCGGGCAAUGUUCUCUUGAAGAACAACUCAAGCAGUGUGGUCAGAGUCACCGACUUCGGCUUCAGCUUCUUUGUGGACCAACAAACGUCGUUCAUUGGAGGCACCCUCCCCUACAUGGCCCCCGAGGUGGUUCUGGGCUACCCGGCCACCUGCGCCGCAGACAUGUGGUCCCUGGGCUGCACCGUCGCCAAGCUGGUCAUCAGAAAGGAGCUCUUCGUCUCCGACAUGAACAACGACCACGUGGCCUGCUGCAUCGAGGGAUGUGGGGCGCAGCUCGUGAACUUCGUGAAAUGCUGCCUGCAAGUUAAGACUGAGGAGAAGCCCCUAUCAUCAUCAUCGUCAUUCUCACUGCUCGACCACAUCGAUGGAGAGCGGUUGAAGCUUGUGGAAGAGGAGGUGAAAGAGGAGAAAGAAAAAAACGAGACGGAGAAGGAUGAGAACAAGGAUAAUGAGGAGAAGGACAAAGAUGGGAAUGAGAAGGACAAAUAUGGGAAUGAGGAAGAGGACAAACAUAAGAAGGAGGAGGAUACUACAGAGGUGGAGAAGACAAAGGAGGAGAUAGAAGGGGAGGAAGAAAAGACAAUAGAGGAGAACGAGAAGACGGAGGAGGAGGUGGAGGAGGUGCAGCAGCCACUGGAGAAGAAGAAGCAUGGGGGCCUGACGAGGAUGGACAAGACACUCCGCUCACACCGCUCGCUCAUCCGCCACAUGGUGCUGUGCGGUGGCCAGGCGACGGCACAAUAG